AGAUUUUGCGGGAAAAUUUGACACUUUGCAAAUUGUUUGGGUGUUUUGUAUUUGUGAGAAAAAUUUUGCAUUUCGUGGUGAAAUUCGGGCAAUUUACACAAAGCACUAAAGAUGCCAUCCACGUUGGAGUUGUGUGAACAGUAUUAUGGAACAAGGGAUGUGUAUAAAUUGCUGGACAUUGACAAAACAGCCCCACUAAAAGACGUCAAGAAAGCGUACUACAAAUUAUCCCUAAAGGUGCAUCCUGAUCGUGUGCCUGAGGAUGAAAAGGAGGAGGCUACGGAAAAGUUCAAGAUACUGGGAAAAUUGCAUGCUGUGCUCUCUGAUCCGGACAAAAAGAAACUCUAUGAUGAAAAUGGAGUCAUAGACGAUGACGAUGAGGAAGGAAAACUCUCCACAUGGCUUGAAAUGUGGAAGGCCAUCUUCAAGCCAAUCUCAGAUGAGGACAUUGGGAACUACCAGAAGAGCUACGUGGGAUCAGAGCUGGAGAAGAAUGACAUCAAGAAAGCCUACCUUGGCGGGAAGGGGUGCAUCAAUUACAUGAUGUCAGCUGUACCAUUUAUGUCUGUGGAGGAUGAACCGAGAAUCAUUGAGCUUGUCAAAGAGUGGAUUGAGGCUGGAGAAGUGCCAGAGUAUAAGGUCUUCACAGAGGAGCCCAAAGCCAAGCGCUCGAGGCGUCACAAGAAGUACGCAAAGGAAUCUCAGGAGGCUGAAGAAAUUAAAGCAAAGCUUGCCAAGGAAGGUAAUUCCCUGGAGCAGCAGAUUCUGAAACGCCAAGCUGAUCGUGGUAAACAGUAUGAUAAUUUCUUCGAUCAACUCAUGAAAAAGUACGAAGAGAAGCCAAAAGGACGAAAGAAGGUGGAAGGCAAUAAAAAAGACUCAAAGGAACCCAUACGAAAGGUGAAGAAGGGCAAGGUCAGCAAGAAGUAAUUUUGGUAAUAAUUUCUCUUUUGUAAUUAAGAAUUAAAAUAAAAUUUCCAUGGAUAUUCAGAA